AUGGCAUCUUCAGUAGCCUCGGCCUCUUCCUCAAAUAUUCUCAUCGCACUGCCAGCUCGGCCGCCAACUCCUCCUCGUGAAGCUAGCCACGAAAUCGACGUCUCUCUCAAAUCCAUCGUUCUGGGGCGAGCCUCGGCCUUUGACCCAAUAUUGAGUCUUCAUACCCCUCCGAAUGCCCACUCCUUCACCUCACCUGUUGCUACAGGAUCCAACCCCAGCUCCAGUCGUGCUCGGAAGAAGGUGGAGUGGUCCUCUCACACAGACUAUCGGGAGGCUCCCCAAUAUCCCGAAGGUCUCAAGGCCGUCAAAUCUUCGCCAUUUUCAGCUCCGUCGUCAGCAACACGCUUUAAACCCGUCAAGAGCAUCCUUAAGCCUUCCUCGUCCCCGAAUCCUUUAGCUUCAUGCUUUACGAACGAGCUCGAUGGUCCCUCUCCGCUUAAUAUAAUUGAAAUGCUGGACUCGACUAUCAAGCAGCUGGCUGGAGCAGACCGGGACUCCAAGCUGGAUGCAUAUAUGAUGCUUUCCAGAGCCCUCAAGGCCUCCAACAACCUUCCGGAUCGAGUCGCCUUGCAAAACAAGAUGAGCCUAUUUAUGCAAUUUGUUCAGCGCGAUAUGACGGCAAAGUCGGACCAUGGAAACCUAGACACGUCUCUGAUCAAUCAUUCUCUCACACUACUUGCCACCUUUCUUCACUUCCCGGCCAUUGCGUCUACCCUGACCUCUGAUUUCAGCGUUUUCGUCGUCGAGCAGUCCAUCCGCUCGUUUGAAGAUGAGGCGAUGCCCAAGGAUGUGAUACGACAUCUUAUGCAAGUGAUGGCAUUUCAGAACUUUUCUGCCAAGGUCAUGACCUCAGAGAGAGUUGGCCGUCUUAUAGCAGCUUUGCACAAGAUUGAACACCACUUGAAGGGGAAAAGCAUCAUAAUGAGCCGCCUACACAUAUACAAGCGACUCAUCAAACAGUCCAGAAACCACAUGGCUGCCCACCUUGAUUGGCUCAAGGAUAUGUUCACCGACAUGCUCAGUUCUGUCAAAGACAUUCGCUCACAAGCCAUUAGCUUGGGGUCGGAGGCGGGUUUUGCGUUGCGGUCCGAAAAACAAUUACUUCGAAAAGCGAGCGAACUAUUUCAAGCAGCCAACGACACCGAAACAUACAUCGACUUCUAUAUCAAGAGGCUGCAGGCGAUGGUCAAGGAAAAACAUUGUUGCCACUUCGUCCCCCAAAUAUGGAGCGUUGUCAUCCUAUUUCUUCGUUGUCCCCUAGAUAGAUGGCAGCACUAUGGACCUUGGUUGACCCUGGUGCAGUCUGCCUUCAACAUGACGGACAACUCCACUAAACAAGAAGCCAACUUUGCUUGGAACAGAUACCUCUAUCUCUCGCUUUCGGACAACAGAGUCAGCCCCAAGUGCAUUGCGACGUUAUGUCAGCCUCUUCUCAGCCAACUUCGCAGAAAAUCGAGCGCGAAACAGCAAGAAGAGGCCUUGAAACUGCGCAGGGUGGUAAUUGGUGGUAUAUGCAACCUAUACUACUACGCCUUUACUCCCGGUAGUGACAAAUACGAUACGGAUGUCUUGUGGGAUGUUGCCGUGCAACCUAUCAUAAGCCAACUCAUCAGCCUGGAUGGUAUGCCUGACGUCCCUGGAGAUGGCAUUAUGCAAGCAGCUAGAUUACUUGUUGGUCUUCUGGAUGUUGUCACACCACGAAUAUGGAGGCAAGACCGCAUCGUUGAUCUGCCACCAGUCAAACCGGACGAACUCCCUGCCAUUGAUUCGAAGUGGGUUAGAAGGAAUUGUGACAAGGUGUUGCAAUUGGUGGGACCUGUCAUUCAAAAGAAAUUCAUUGAUCUUGCGAAUAAAGACAGCUUGAUCUACCGAUUGUGGCAGGCACUUGUGGGGUCUGUUGCAGCUGCCUCUGCAAAAGAUAUCAAGGUUUCCGAGGAUACGGCCAAAUUUGUUGGCUGUACGUUCGGUUUACUUUCUACAGUCUUUACGGCGGAGGAUGCUGAGCCCGAAUCUACUUCGUCGAACUCAAAAUUUCUCUCUGGGGUCUCUAAUUUUGUACAAAUUCUCAUCGAUGGACUAGGACUUCUCCCAUUCACUGAGAAAAGACUCUCUAUGACUGUUCUGAACACAUUUGAGCCAGUUGCUACGCCAUCACAGCGAUUAGACCGAUCGGAUAAGCCUAGAGGGGUUGUACGUAUGCCUCUGCAUCACUUGUUCGUCAUGCUUGCUGCUGUCCCUGUUGGCGGCAGCGAUGACGAUGCCUUGGCUAGGUUUUUCCAGUCAAUUUUUGAACCGUUUUUGAAAGGCAGAAGUGUCAAAGGACGUUUCGACUUGGCAAAAGAGCUGCUGCAGCUGUUACCUCGCAACUCUUUGUCGCCAUAUGGGCCGUGGUUGCUGGCUGCAGAUUGUGCUAAAGCGUGCCUUGACAAGCGCUCAGUUCUUACCGCUGGGUGUGUCCCAGUUCCAGAUAAAAUGAACGGCCCGGAGUUCCGAGAAAUUGUGUCUCUAAUAGAACGUGGUCUCAGCUCUCACCCAAAUUUGCCUCCUCGACAGUGGACUCCCUUCUUUGAAACCGUUGCUACACAAGUCUCAAGUAAUUUUGGCGAUGCUGGCUGUUCUCUAGUCGUCAUCGAACCUUUAGCCAAAGCUAUAUUAGACAUGCCGGGUGCGGCAACUGAAGGUCUAUCUCCUUUGAUCAUCCAAGCUGUCACCUCUCUCUUCAAUCAUGCGAAACUGCCUCGAGACAAACAAGCCGUGGAAUCUGCUCGGUCAAGGCUCUGGGGAGCGCCUCCAACUCUGCCCAAAAUGACGUUAUUCGACCCACUCGAUCAUCUAUACAAACUUGGAAAUCACUUUUUGGCAACUUUGUAUGACCAGCAAUUGGACACAGAUUGGAAUGUGCGUGCUGUGCCAUUGCUCGAGGCCGUGGAUACAUUCUUGGUAAAAAACUGGCCCCUCUUCGGAAUAGAGGUGUUAAGCAAACUGCAAACUGGACUCGGCGUAUGGCUUCAGAACGAAAAGACUCAUAUUCAAGAGAAGCAUGAGUCUUCUUUGUUCACGUGUGUUGCUACUAUCUGGGACCAUGUUUGCUCGAAUCUCGCUGCUCAGGAACGGCCGAACAGAAGAAGUUUGGACGUUAUUGAGCCAGUCCUAACGGCUGCCUUCAAAAGUACACAUGCGACUAUCGUGAAUAGAACAUGCGUGAUGUGGAAUGCAAUCAUGAAGGAUGAUGAAGAUAUCCAAUGUUCAGACAGCCUCAUGGCGAUCAUUUCUUCUGUGCGAUCUAAGGUUGAUAUUGUUGUUCCAGGUGCCAGCAGAAGUACUGGCAUCGGAAUACUGACUGCAAAGGGAGGCCCAUCAGCCGACCCCAGCUCGGAUGCUCUAUCCCCAACAAGAUCGCAUUCUGAUCCCAACAUUGCAGCGUCAGCCUCGAGAUUGUCUGCAUCUAGAAGGCCAAUGACCAGGAGACGACGCCUAGAAUCGACACCAGAGUUCCAUCACGCAAAGUCAACAAAACGAAUGAGCACACCGCGCCGCCGACAUGAUAACUCUCAAAUACAAUUCGAGCCAAUUGUGUCGUCCUCACCCUUGCAUAAUGAAUCUCAGCAUCUGACAGAACGCCAGAAGGAAGUCCGCGAAAGGCAGCGUCAAAAUGCAGUCUUAUACACAGACGUCCAAUCCAGCCUCUCUCCACCAUCCGCCCACAAGUUGCCCGGGCCAAGCACACAAAGGAAUGCACCUCAGAGUCCGCAAGUGGCACAGGAGAGCACCCCUAAACAUAGUAAAUCCUUCGAAGACCUGAUUAGCUUGACACCAACCCCCAGGCGCGGCCAGGUGUUACAAAUGGAUGACUUCAAUGACCCCCCGUCUUCGCCGCCUGCACCCCGCCCGUACCCCUUUCUAUCUGAGAUCCAAUCUCGAUCGAGGGCAGGAAGUGUCAUGGAAAGCUGGGAGUUUUCCUCGCCACCGGGGUCCCCCCUUGAUAUUCAGCAAAGAGAAGAACCAGAGCUGCAACCUACUGGCCCUGCAGACAUUGAAUCACCAAAGAAAUUGCGUCGCUACUCGAAAAGAAAAAGACGUAUGGAAGCCGAAGCUUGCCAGUCUAACGACCAUGCAGUCUCUAACAAGCGCGAAGAUGAGGGUGUGUUGAGUCUUAAAGCCAAAGAUCAACCAUCCCAGCGUUCCUUGACAGCACCCGCCACACCCGGAGAAGGUAGAAUUACACGAGCAAGAACAGCUCAAGUCACGCCGAAGCUCGAGAAUGACUCGGCGAAGGGAUCCAAGUCACUAUCCCGUCGCUGUUCUUCACGGUGUGUGGAGGCGGAAAACAAGACGACAGAACAAAAGGUAGAUGGCACAAAGUCUGGUGCACCCUCGGAUCUACAGGACGCGGCGCAGCAUGGCAAAGAUGCCACGAGGCCAAUAGAUGGCUCACAACUUUGUGGCCGCAUAGAAGGAGGUUCAAAGACCCCACUUGGGUCUCGCGGGUGUAUUUUGGUACACACAGACUCUACUUGUCCAUCACCCGAAAAACCGGAAAAUGCAACAGUUGAAACGCCAGCCCCCGUGAUACCAUCUACUGCCGAGCCUUCGGAGAAGACAGAAACAAGCAGAUCUCGGAGGAAAAGAAAGAGGGCCGGAAAGCAAUCCGACAAGGGCAACAAAAGGCGACGAUCUGCUACUGAUGAAAUUCAAGAAUUAUCGGACAGAGAACAAAGCGAAUCCGAACCGUCUGUACCGCAGACUUGCGACGACAAGAACGACCCUAUUGAGGGUAUAGAGACUAGACGUGGCCUUCGACAGAGGCAACAACAGGCGCUUCUUCGUGAGUCAAGACAGGCUCGGAGAGAUGCUAAGCAUCGAGCCAAGAGUCCAUGUGGGAAUAUGGAUGGUGGUGAUACUGACGAGGAAGUACAAUCUCAAUUGGUAAAGGAAUCUAAUGAGGCGUCACAGCAGAACCACCUAGAGGGAGAUGACCAAGGUGCGAACAAGGACGAAAUUGCAGGAGGAGCCAAUGAGGAUGAGAUGGAGCUCGAAGUAGAACCGGCGGUUGGUGAAACCAUGGAAACUUUUGUUGGCACAAAAUCAAGUGCAGGACCACCAGUUGGAGGAGAAAGUCCCCUAACAAUUAUGGAAACUCUGCGGAGUGGGCUCGAUAAACUACGCAGUGCAUCUCUCAGUAGAGAGAAGGUGUAUGAAGUUGAGGAUAUUUUGAUGGAUAUGAAGCGUGAGUUGUUUGAAGCGGAGAGGAGAGGAAGAGGACGAACCAGGAAGAGAAAAUCAAGAGGCCAGUGA